GCAGUCGACCACAUACAGACAGAGACACCAAUGGAGAGGCACAUCAGACAACAACUUGUCAUUGAAGUUAGAAUCAUACAGCAGAUAUUAGUCUGUUAGAAAGGUAAUCAUACAGUAGAAGUAAGUUAAUACUAUAAGUAAAAGUAAAAAUCAUAUAUACCACAAUAAAAGGUCAGACAGUCUGAAUUAGUUGAUUAAUUGAUUGAUUGGGGAAAUCAUUGAUAUUCGGUACGGUUAGAUAAGAUGGCCGACUACGUCAACAAACAGUUGAUUGAAUUAAAAGAAGUGAAUCAAGAAAACCAGAAUAGAGCAACGAGGAGCGUGAAGACUGAGACCCAUCUCUCAGAUGGAAGACUAAGACUCUACAGGCUGGCUGCUGUGUGUUUAGGAGUGCUGUGUGUUCUACAAGUCACUCUCAACAUCUCCCUGAGGCUGGCUUUCUAUAACAGAGGCAAUGAGACUGCAGAGAAAGACCUGCUACAGACCAGUUACAAAACCCUGACUGAAGAGAGAGACCAGCUACAGACCAGUUACAAAACCCUGACUGAAGAGAGAGACCAGCUACAGACCAGUUACAACACCCUGACUGAAGAGAGAGACCAGCUAAAACCCAUUUUCAACAUUCUGACUAAAGAGGGAGAGCAGCUACAGACCAGGUACAACACCCUGACUAAAAAGAGAGACCAGCUACAGACCAGGUACAACACCCUGACUAAAGAGAGAGACCAGCUACAGACCAGUUACAACACCCUGACUAAAGAGAGGGACCAGCUACAGAAGGAUAGAGAUGAUCUCACGUCAAAGUUCUCUAAUCUGAAACAAACAUGUCCUGAAGGCUUUCAGAAGUUUGAAUCCAGUUGGUACUUCCUGUCUACAGUGAAAAAACCCUGGAAGGAGAGUAGACAGGACUGUCUGAAGAGAGGAGCAGACAUGGUGAUCAUAAACAGUGAUAAGGAACAGGAGUUUCUAUUCAGCUUCAAUAAGAGAGCCUGGAUUGGUCUGACUGACUCUGUUACUGAGGGGGCCUGGAAAUGGGUGGACGGCACCCCACUGACCACCCCAAGUUACUGGCACUCACAGCAACCUGAUAAUGGUGGUGACAACCCAGAAAAUGGGGAGGAGGACUGUGUUGAACUGAACACAGAAACCUGGCGUCCUGUAAAGGCAUGGAAUGACCAGUCAUGUUUACACAAUCGUUACUGGAUUUGUGAGAAAGUGGUUUAACGUCACCAUUACAACAGAGGAGGCUGGUGGGAGGACGCGCACAUAUACAGCACCUUACAGUGCACACAACUUCAUUCUCUCUCUCUAAGACACACACACACCAACCCACUGCUGGUACUGUACUGAGGGGCAAACAACCUGAUAAUGGUUGUGAACCAGGAUAUAUUGUAACAAGGACUGUGCUGAUGUUAAUAUUGGGUAUUCUGAGCCUGUAUAUAAAUAUUCUGACAUAUCAUUUACCUCUCAACAUAACUGGAUUUGUGAAGAGUUAUACAGUAGCUCAUUAUAUAGCAUUGCUACAGUGCUAAUGCAUCUCUCUCUAGGUAAACAGUGUGUAGACAUACUGUCAUCUGUAAAAUGCUUGUAUUCAUUGUUUAAAUAGAAACAUAUUAUGUGA